AUGGCAGAGCUUUCCAAGGAAGAUCGAGCAGCAAUCACCAUUCAGUGUGCCUACAGGAAGCAUCUAGCACAGAAGGAACGAACCCGUAGAAUAAAAGAGAAGGAAGAAUACACAGCCUUGAUGGACCAGUUACAAAAGGAGGCCUUCCUGGCUAUGGUGAAGCGUGAGCAAGAGCAGGCUCGUCGGGAGCGCGAGAAGGAGGAAGAGCAGCGGCGAAGGCGGCUGGAGGAGCAGAAGCGUCGGAAGCAGAUGUUGGAAGCUGCAUUUGAGGGAGAUGUAGAGGAAAUGAAGGCUGUGCUGAAGGAGGUAGGGGACGUGCUGAGCCGGGAGGGCGUGGGCCAUGAUGACCGGGGGAAAGCAGUGAGGCUGAAGAGCCACGUAGCCAUGGUGGAAUGUACAGAUGCCAAUGGGAACACACCACUGUCAGAGGCUUCAGGAGGAGGCCAUCCUGCUGCCAUCAAGUUCCUCAUAGAAAAUGGUGCCCACCCCAACUGCAAGGGAGCCUUUGGUCGGACCCCUCUGUAUAGAGCUGCCUUUGGUGGACAUCUGGCUGCAGUGGAGAUGCUUUUGCAGCAUGGAUCAGACCCACGGAUCUAUGCAGAUGAUGGACAUACUCCAGAACAGGUAGCCUCCUUGGAUGCUGUGGUAGAUGUCUUGAGGUCCUGGGACAUUAGUCUCACAGAUGCCAUGCUGAAGAAGAUGGAGGCUGAGCAGCAACGUCGGGCCCAAGAGGCCCAGAAGCAGAAGGAGGCAGAAACCAAGCGAAUGGCUGCCAAUGUGCGGGAGCUACAGAAGGAGCAGGAACGAUGUCAAAAGGAGCUGCAAAGAGCCUACUGUGAACUUAACAGGAGAAUCACAGAGCAUGACAAAUGUGAAAGGAAAAAGAUGGAUAAAACAGAGAUUACUCUGCAGGCCAUCAAAGAUGCUGAGACUGUGGUAGAUGAGUUGCGGCUAGCAGCAGAGAAGGCAGAAGAGAAGCUGGCACUGGCUCGGCUGGAGCUGAGAGAGCAGACCCAAGAGGAGGAAGGAGAGCUACCCGGGCUGAAGUGUCCAGUGGCUGAACUCCACGAUGUGUUGCUCAAGGAUGUGGGUGACCGGAUCCAGAGUGAUGGGAGGUGGCCCCUGGUUGUUGAUCCCUCAAGCCAAGCAGCCACAUUCCUUCGCUACCAGGACACCAACUAUCUGGACACCCUCAACCCAGCCCAUAUGCAGCCUGACCGUGUGCGCCUGGCACUGCUUGGGGCCCUCAGGUUUGGGAAGCCCCUGGUGUUUGAUAUGCGUGAGAUUGACAUGUUUGAGGUGGUGAAAAGGCAGCUAGACGCUAUCCAGCCUGGACUGGCCCAGGAACUUCUCUCCAAGAACCUGCUAAAGAAGGACAAAUUCCUGUCCCUGCUUCGUCCAGGCGAUGGUCCUGAGUAUGACCGUAACCAGUUCCAGAUCUCUAGGACCAUUCACUUCAAGGUCUUCUUCCUGACAAAGACCCGAAGGCCACCAGACUCACAACUGCAGGUCCUACUCCCCAUACAGGUGCUACUGCCCAAGGACAAAUACUAG